UGUUUGUGUCACAAAAAUAGAACCAAAAAUGUCGGUGCUACGUACUAUGCUGUUGUUGGCGUUGGGCGCCACCAUGACUUUGGCUCAAAGACGUCUUGCCUUGCCGGAUCCCAGGAGUUGUUCGAAUCGUGUCCGCCAUGCCUCGUAUCGUGAUGCCCGCGGUGUCAGUCACUCGUACUUCUUCAGUUGGGAACAUGCACCGACCCGUAGCCUUGAAGUCGAUUGGUUGGAUGCCCGUAACAUUUGCCGUCGUCACUGCAUGGAUGCCGUUUCGUUGGAAACCCCGCAAGAGAAUGAAUUCAUUAAACAGCGCAUAGCACGCGGUAAUGUUCGUUACAUCUGGACAUCGGGUCGUAAAUGUAACUUUGCUGGCUGUGAUCGUCCCGAUUUACAACCACCAAAUGAAAAUGGUUGGUUCUGGUCUGGAUCGGGUGCUAAAAUCGGACCUACCUCACAGCGCAACACUGGCGAUUGGUCGUCCACUGGUGGUUACAAUCAACCUCAGCCUGAUAAUCGUGAAGCUGCCCAGGGUAAUGAUGAAUCUUGCCUUUCGAUUUUGAAUAAUUUCUAUAAUGAUGGUAUCAAAUGGCAUGAUGUUGCCUGCCAUCAUUUGAAACCAUUUGUUUGUGAAGAUUCCGAUGAGUUGUUGAAUUUCGUGCGCUCACGUAAUCCUGGAUUGCGUCUUUAAAUAAAUUACAAU